AUCCGUCCUCAGACGCGCCAACUAGCUAACAUUUUGCCAACCACCACUUGAUCUACUAACUAACUGAUACACGUAGUUCAGUUAGUGGCUGUCAUGACCGAGGCCCGAGGGAAGUCUGCUUCCUGUAUCGCGGGGUCUUGAGACGAUGCAGCCCAUCAUGCUUGCCUGCACAAUACUCCGCUCAAGUGUUCCCGUCCAGAGAUGUCACCAAGCAGGGGAAACUCUUCAGAAUCGCCUGGUCUACUUUUGACCUUCAAGGCCUUACUUGAACGGCGACUUUCUAAUUCAACCCUCCGCCAAUUGACAAUUUCCCCGGCCGACUCGGUGGACUUCUCUUCCAAUGAUUAUCUGUCCCUCGCUCCUUCGCCGUCAUUUCAAUCCGCUUUUCAGAAAGAGCUCGCUGCACUACAGCCUACGUUCCCGAUAGGUAGUACCGGCUCACGUCUGUUGGACGGAAAUUCUUCGUACGCGGAAAAUUUAGAGAGAGAGAUUGCUGCAUUCCAUAAUGCUCCUGCUGCCCUGCUAUUCAACUCGGGCUUUGAAGCAAAUGUGGGCAUCUUCUCGUGCAUUCCGCAACCUGGAGAUGUCAUCAUCUACGACGAAUAUAUCCAUGCCAGCGUCCAUGAUGGCAUGCGACUUUCCAGGGCCAAGAGUUGCAAAGCCUUCGCGCACAAUUCGAUUGCCGACUUUCGGAAGGUUCUUCAAUCGUUCAUUGAUGCCGACCCUCUUCUCAUAACGGGAAAGUCCAAUGUGAUUAUUGCCGUCGAGAGUGUAUAUAGCAUGGACGGAGACACCUGCCCUCUCAAGGAGUUUGUGAGCAGUGUUGAGAGCAUGCUCCCGGCCGGUAACGGAUAUAUUAUAGUGGAUGAAGCACACUCCACCGGUGUGUUUGGGCAAGAUGGGCGCGGUUUUGUCUCUGCCCUUGGGAUGGAGGAUCGCAUCUUUGCCCGUUUGCAUACGUUUGGCAAGGCACUAGCCUGCAAUGGAGCCGCGGUAUUAUGUCCUCCGCUGAUGAAACAAUAUCUUGUAAAUUAUGCUCGAAGCCUGAUUUAUACCACCUCAUUAUCGUACCCUUCUUUGGCAAGCAUUAAAGCAGUUUACCGGCUCAUGAAGGAAGGCCAGAUCAAUCCACUUCAAUCUCAGCUUUGGGCUACCAUCAGGACAUUCCAUAGUCGACUCGACGCACUUGCGAAGAAGAGUCCUCCUCAAUUGCUUCGGACAUUUGACGAAGCGCCAAAAUCUCAAAUAUUGGCGCUUCUCACGUCCCGUCCACGCAGCCUGGCGAAGUACUGUCAGAAGCACGGGUACAUAGUCCGAGCCAUUGUCCCUCCAACCGUUCCCGCUGGCGCCGAACGGGUGCGAGUCUGUCUUCAUGCCAGCACCACGGAAGAAGAACUGGAAGGUCUUUUACAAAGGAUAGAGGAAUGGGUCGAAACGAAACGUUUGGAAUUGGAGCAUCCGGCCGAGGCCCGUCCCAAAGCCAUGCUAUGAUGGGGCUUGGGCCAAAGUAGACGAUAUAUAAUAUUUGCUUUCCUACUC